CAUGUCGGUAUUAUAUCGUGACUUGUUGCCCUACAAUCUGCAAACCAUAUUAACAAGCAUUUGCUAAAGUUAGAGUUUAGCACCAAGCCACCAACCAAAAAAAUGAAGAAAUCCAGUCGAUUCUGUGAUCCCCCGAAAACCAUCUUUCAUGUUCCCUCUAUCUUAUCCUUUAUUCCCUAGUGCACAAAAUGCCUGACCCAUAGCUGUUUCGCACAAAGGCAUUUGCCCAGAUUGCGAUCUCGCCCACCACUACUACGCCUUUUUGGUUGAAGCAGCAGGCCCAAGAUGAAUUCACUCGUGGAAACAAGAGCUUCUCCCCAGUCCCCAGAUCUGCACUUACCAAUAUCCACAUCAUUCUCAUCUCUUCCACCUGAGCUCCGGCAAAUGAUAUGGCUCGAAUGUCUCGAUAGACGCCCAAGAGUGUACUCCUUUGACCUCGGCGGGCGUGGUGGAGGUCGCUACCCUUACCAGAACGUCGCUGGCAUCCAACCGGCUUUUGUGGUCUAUUAUAAAGAGGAGCGAGAUCUUAUCGCCGGCUCGGCCGACCGUCGCACUUUGAGCGGUAUCUGUGCCGAAUCAAGAAAGACAGUGCUCAAGGUGUUCCCAGACAUCCUUCGCUUCGAGAAUCGUGGAGGAUGGAUGAGCCCCGACGAGCACGGCUUCCGUAAUGCUCGGGUGAGAGAGUGGAGUGGGGUUUGUCGCUACAAUAGCACUCUAGACGUCAUCUCGCUUCGCCUUGUGCGAACUCAACUGUCCCUGUUUCCUAAGGUCAUGAGCGUCACUGUUGAUCCCUUCCCUGCGUUCGAGGCCAUCCAAAACUUGGCUUUGGUUUAUGAGAUUGACGACGACAACAUUCUUACCCCGGACUACACCUAUUACCCCAUUAAUGCGCCCCAUAACCCGGAUACUUGUGCCUGCCCUGAUGGGUCGCGGAUCACUACUUGCAAGGAAGACAUGAUUCCUAGGUUUCUCAAAUGCUUCCCUAGUCUCAAGAGGCUCAUCGUCAAUGAUUCGGGCUUGCGACCUUGCGAAUACUACUGGGACGAGCCCGAAGUCAUACGAUUCACGGGAUGCAAAUGCUUUGCUGACCCUGGCGAUUCAUCCUCGGCUGCGCCAGCAAAGAAGCACGAUGUGUGGCAGCUUGUCCCAAUACACAACCAUCGAGGUCAUCGACGGGAAUCGGCUUGCGUCGCCCUCGUUUAUGAUGAGAAAACGGACUGCGCGGGGCUGAACUUGGACUCUUUUCGGCUCUGGGAUAACAUCGAGAUCAACUACAAACCCUUGGAGCACCUGGUUAUGAGAUUCUUGCAUCCACGAGACGCCCAAGGCCGCUGGGUACAGAUAGGCUCCGCCAAAACGCCCGAGCCGUCGAACUCGCCCCCAGCAGCCUCAGAGGACGUCGCAUAGCGACGAUGCCUAUCAAACCCCCUUCAAGUCGCGCUCGGCCAAAUCCCUCGCGAGCUCACCGACGCUGCCAAAAACCGCGAUUUCAUGCCGCUGGCAGAGCAUUACCACAUCCCCCCGCUUCUGGUACCCGUUCUCGCAGACGACCUUGCACCUCCUCCGGGCGCCGGCCAUCUCGCCCAACUCCAACAGGCCGUCGCUCGGCCGAGACGAGGCGGCAAGGUGCACGACGACGAGGUCCGCGCGACGCUUCAUAUCCAGCUCCCACUUUACGUGCUCGCGAAACGGCUCAUGGUCAUAGUCCUCGCGCCAACUCUCGUCCCACUCGGGUCGUGACGGGUCGACCCAGGUCACGGGGAGGUGCGCGAGCGAGCCGACCAGGGCCUCGCGCCAGUCGGCCGUGCCACUGCCUGUCGUGCUUCCGGCGAGGUAGACGAUUCGCUGGUACCCAAACACUUCGCGCUGCAUUGCGUGGAGGAUUUGGUAUCGCGCCGUCGGUGCCUCGUCCUUGGGCAAGCAGCGAGCUCGCAAGGCCAUUGUUUUUUGUUUUUGCUCUGGGGAAAACGGUGGAUUGACAAGGUGGCCAGUAGCCGAUCUGUGGCGUAGUGUGUUUCUUGGUCUAUGGCGGCAUGGAGUCGCUGUCACGUUGGGCUUUUCGCGAAGCAAAAGAGGGGUUCAGGGUUUAUUGUUCAUGGUGGUACGGGCAGCUUCGCCUUGCUCCCGCAUUCCAGGCGAAAUGUGGGUGGCGCAGGCGAUAUCCUGCAUGCGUCACUGCCGUCUUACUAUGUUUUGCAGGGUCCAUUAGUGUAUCGCUUAUUGGCUUUUUCUUGGCUUAAUUUGAGGAAUCGUCUACCACAGCUUACUGUAUUGUCGCUUGUCGGUUUCAGUCGAAUUUGAAAGUAUGCCUCGACGUGCGAAAUGAAAUUGUUUGGAACAGAAAAUCGUGGACGAGAAAAUCCAAAGGAAAGGUGAAAAAUCUAUUUACACUGAAUAUCAUGGUAUCGACCGGCCCGGCUAAUAAGAAGAAAAGGAAC